AUGGCACCGUUCAUUGGUACAAAAGGUGAUAUGUUCGAACAGGCUGCGACAGAGACAACGCAUGAAGAGCCUUUAUUAACAUCUAAGAGUACGCAUCCUAUGAUCAAGCCUCGCUCUUCGGAAACCAGGAUCCUCCGCGAAUAG